UCUACUCUCUCUAAACUCCUGAAAUAGGGUUUAAACGCAUCCCGCUAUUUGUCUGCGAGUUUCGCCUCUGCGUCUACGAGUGCAACUCUGUAAAACACAGUCGCUCCAAACAGUUGGACUAUGGAAGAGGAUGCUAAUGUGAGCAAGACUGAGGAAGAGGAAUUCAACACUGGUCCGCUUUCCGUGUUGAUGAUGAGUGUUAAGAACAAUACCCAGGUUCUUAUCAACUGUCGAAACAACAAGAAGCUCCUUGGACGAGUUCGGGCCUUUGAUCGUCACUGCAACAUGGUUCUUGAAAAUGUCCGGGAGAUGUGGACUGAGGUGCCAAAGACCGGAAAAGGUAAGAAGAAAGCACAUCCAGUGAACAAGGACAGGUUUAUUAGUAAGAUGUUUCUUCGUGGAGACUCAGUUAUCAUCGUCCUGAGAAACCCCAAGUGAGGCGGUUGUCUUUCCACCCCAUUUUCCUGUCAGGAUUUUACCAUUUUGGUUUUCUUUCUCAUUAGUCGAAGUUUUUUCUCUCCCCUUCUUGGGAACUUGUCACUCUUGUUGGUAGAGAGGUCCUGAUAUUUGAACUAGUGCUUACUACUAAUACAAGCUAGCUUUAAUGUUUUAAAUCACAGAAUGCAGCCUAAUGUGUGUUUAGUGAAAGGCUUCACCUGAAGACUCUCCUACUAUUUGGACUUGUAUAUGCAUGCAUUCAUUCAAUUCAUGUUUGUCAUUUUUCUUCA